AUGGGAGCCACAGUGGUUGACAUCAUCCUCAGGCUUUGGAAUGACAGCCCAAGUGGUUCUAAUGGCAAGGCACCAUUCACUGUCCAGAAGUUCUUGAUCGCUAUAGGUUUUGAGGAUGCCAAAGCUUGGACCAGUGGUGUAGACUGGGAUUUUGAUUUCUGGGCACUAGAGCAUCCACUAAUUAGGUUCUCUGAAGAUCUGGAAAAGAAUGCAAGAGACUGGGACAAUAUAAGGGCAUUUGUGGUUGGCCUUUCCCAGGCUACAGGCAAGGUGAAGGGGAAGAAGCACAAGGGCAAGGGACAGGAAGUGGAAGAGCCUCAAACACUGACAGCCAUGAAGGCGUUUGUCAAACAGUGGGAAAAUGAUGGAUACACCCAGGGUCGCAAUGCCUUUUGUAAUCUCAUCGCUGUUAAAUGGUAUAAAGAGAAUAGCAUCAUGGAUCUGUUGGUGGAGGAAACCAAAAGAGCUGAUUGCUAUCCUUUCUCUGUGUUGAUGGAAGAGCCAGAUCUUCUUAGCUGUGACUCCAUUCAACUACUGCCAACCUUGGAGCUGGAGGUCAGCCAGAUUGCAGCUGAGAUCGUGUUGGGGAUGGCAGCGUUUAGACAAGGCCCUCGACUGGAUAUCUGGACUGAGUUCCAGGUGGGAAUCCAGUUGCUGGUCUCAAACUUCUUCUGGUACAACCAUUGCCACAAGAGGGUUAAGACCAAGAUGAGGGCUUUUAACAAGGCAAAAGAGGAGAUGGACACUGUUCUUACUGGCAUGUUUUCUCUCCUUCCAGUCGUGGACACUAGUACUUACCCCCUAAAAGCCCUUCAGAAUGAUCAUUCUGGAUCAGCCCAGGAAGCAAUGGGCCCUCUUUGA